GAGAACUCAACUUCUACCCCAGAACCUGUUCUUUCCUGUUAGCCCUUCAUCAUUUCAUCGCAUUGGACUUUGUCCUCCUACAUCGUCGUCCUUGUUUCUCAUAGCAAGCGCAUUUGUUCUCUCCCUUGUUCUUUUUGUUUUAUGUUGUUGUCUAGUUUGUUGUUAUUUCAUUUUAUAUACCCUGUGAUAAUCGUCUGGGGUUCGUUGUUUUUGUUUGCUCUUUGUUUUGACGACUUGAUAUGCCUUUACGACCCUACGCUUGAAGAUCAUUCCUCGCUACAUUCCAAUCCCCCCCUCCUCCCCAAUUCUCAUUGUAUGAAAGUUUCCAUCGACGAAGGUAUCUGGAAACUAGCCAAGCAACAUUCAGGUUUCACUAUGUCUUCGCAUACCCGUGAAGGCUCCCGCGAUCGGGAGCUGGUCCUGAGCAGACACCAAACAGUGCCCAUGUGGGACAGUUCAGACCCAGAACGAGCACCACCCCCGCUACCAAUGAAUCCGGGAUCAUCGAGUCCCAUAACAAAGGGAAAUGUGUCUCCCGGUAUUCAAGCAGUGGCAGCAAACUUCACUGAGAAAGCUCGCGAAAAUGCGCCGAGCCCAUACACCACAAAUCCAAUGCCGCCCAAGUCGCCCGAAAAGUCACUAAUAAAGGGCCAAUUCCACAAGCGCAUGCAGUCACUACAGAACACAGACACCCGCUCUGAGUUCCUAAACUACCUGGAAAGCAGGUCGCCGGAGCGGCCCUUGCGCGCAGCGACUUUGGAUCAGAGUCCAAAGUUGCAGGAGAAGGCUCUGACAAAGUCUGGGGGCUCACCCGAGCCGCAGGACUCCGACCAGGAUCUUCCGAAUUUGCUCAUCUCUAAUCGUUAUCUUUCCAGGCCGAUUCUCGGUGAAAGCACUCCUACCUCUGCUACCAUGCUAGCUCUGCAAACCAUGCAACUACCACCUGAAAGCGAGCCACAGUCGAGAGCAAGAGAGUCUGAGCCCGAGCCCUUCUCCGAAUUGAAACACGUCCAGCCGCAUAGUUUUGAAUCCUUAUCAAGCCAGAUCCUCAGUCUCACCGACAUUGCUAGCAGUCUCCAGCGCGAGAUGGCGCAGUUAAGUCGGCGAAGCAAGGACAAUGCCACAGAUCUGGUUAGCCUCAAAGCUGCAACUAAUGCGCGAGACGAGGAUAUUCGCAAAAGUCUUCGUGAUUUGUCCUCCAACUUGGCCUCCAAGUUCCUGGACGGUGAUGCUGCCACAAGGUUUGAUUUCAGUGCUCUCCUGGGGUCUGAAACUGGUAUUAACAACAAGGAAUCGGAUAGUUCUCCGAGUUCAAAGAAAAGCUAUUCAGCACCAAGGAUGCAAAGCCCCAGCCCUUUCCUUGCUGCAAUGGAACGCGAAUUCUGCGGCUCACCAGGUCCUAUCACGGACGGCUCCGCCAGUAUCGCAUUGCUAGAGAAGGUGUUGCGAGAGAUGGCGACGAAGGAGGGACAGGAAAAGCUACUAGAGCUCAUGAACGAACUAAAAGCCCGACCAGCCCCGGAUAAUUCUAUCAACAAUGUCGACGCCACCACUACAAAAAUGCUGGAAGAAAUCCUCAAUAUCGUCAAACAGGACUGGGGCAACAAGGCCCUAGUACGAUCACGGGCUGGUGGUGUCAAUGCAGAGCUCAACGGUUCAGACCAGGCAUAUGCACCUGACAUGGAUAUUAUCCAAGGAAACCAGGCGCGGGCCGUUGAGCAUGCUGCAGUGCAGUCAGUCACCGAGGAGAUGCUGGACAUCAUGAAAAGAGUCAGGAAUAGCGUUAUCGAGGGGGGUGGUAUGACGAAUGAAGUCAAAGCUCUAGUGCGCGAGCUUCGUGGUGAAGUCCUCGGCAUGGGAAGGAACCUAGCUCGACAAUUCGAGGAGGCUGAAAGUUCGCGAGCCAUAGAGGACAAACCAACACCGCCCCCUGGAGAAGAAGAAAUUGCUCGUAUUGUCGACGACAGUUUGGAGGAACUACGCGGUCAACUGGCGUCCAUAAUGAACGAUAACAAGCGGCAUUCUACUGCUCUCUCUGAAUUCCGUGCUGCAGUGGAUGGGGCUGAGAUCUAUUCCAUUGUUAAAAAGGCUUUGGACAACUUCAAUAUGUCUCAAGUGCGUGAUGAUGAGCCAGAUGGAGCUCGGAUGCAAAAGGAAGACAUUCUUGAGGCAGUCAGAGAAGCCUGGGAAACAUAUAAGCCAGAGAUAGAACUGCAAAACUUCGGGCUCGAGCGAGAGGAGAUUCUUGAGUGUCUCAGUGAAGGGCUGCAAGCGUAUCAACCACAGCACGACCAGGCUGUCACAUAUGACCAGGUUCUGGCAGCUGUUCAGGCCGGCCUGCAGCAGUUUGAGCAACCACCUACCAUCUCGAAGACCGAGAUCAUUCAAACCAUUCAGGAGUGUCUCGAAAGCUCACAACCCCGGUCCUCGGACCUGGAGCAGCUGGCUGCAAUUCGGGAAGAAAUACUGCAGGCAGUUACUGAAUCGGUCACAUCUCAAAGUGCCCUUACUCGGGACACCUUUGACUCGGGUCUUGGGCGUGACGAAAUUUUGAGCGCGGUAUCGGACGGGAUCGAGGCACACUUCCUCGCAGCCAAGGAGAUGGAGCAUCAACAAAUCACCAAGGAGGAUGUCGCCAAUGUGGUCAAUGAUGCAUUUGUUGCCCAGCAGUCAGCUCUUACGCCUCAUGUCCAACCACCAAUUUCCCGUGAAGAAAUUCUCGCCGCUAUUACCGAAGGCCUCGAGGGCCAGAAUUCCAUCCCCCGCGAAAUCGAGUUGAAUAGAGAAGAUCUCAUGGAAGCCAUCACAGCCGGACUCAAUGAAGCAACUACUGGCACGAACCAAAACGUGGGUGAGCAGAUUUUGGAGCGUUUACAUGAAGAGCUUGAGGGCGUGAAAGAGGAACUGAGACAAAAUGCAUCACUGAGCGAGAAAGACACUGAACAGGUCCUGAAUACAAUUAAGGAUAAUAUUGCUCUUGUACGCUCAGAGGUUGAAGGCUACGCGGUUAAUGCCACUGAGGCAUCGGGUAAGCACGAAAUCAUGGAUACAGUGAAGGAAGGCUUCCGGCUGCUUCAGGCAGAUCUGGAAAAAACCAUCACGGACGUCGCUCUCACCAAUCGAUCACAAGGUAAUCCGGACACCCCAGAGCUCCUAGAUGCUAUGGAAAAGGAAUUCGAACACCUGCGGCAGACCUUGAGCUCCCUUCUCAUUCGCAACAAUGUUUCCGACGAAAAAGACGAGAUCCUUGACGCCAUUCGCGACAUCUCCGAGAGUCAAAAAUCGACAAGUGAGGACAGCAUUUCGAAGGUUAUUCAACAGGAAUUCGAAAGUAUUCGAGAUUCUCUCAGUAUGAGUCUUGUCCCGGUGGUGCCUCAAAGCGAAGGAAGUGAUCAGAGCGACAAAAGCGACAUCAUUGCUGCCCUCCGCGAGAGUCUAGAGGCGUUCCAUGCUGAGCAUAACCAGCCAAAGGAUGGCAGUGAAAGCUUACUAUCUGUUACGGGAGAAUUAACUGGGGCUUUCCAAGAUGGUGUCGGUAUAAUUAGAGAAGAUCUUGCGAAGAUCCUGGAGCGACCUGUCGAAUUGGACACCUCCGAGCUUCUUGAGACACUUAAAGAAGGCUUAGGCAGUCUGAAGGCUGAGGUGGAAAUGCUACGCCAAUCUCAGGCAGAGGUGGAGGAAAGUAGCAUACCCACAGGAGGAGAGCUCAUGCUUGCGAGCGAGGCAAACACCACCACCAGUGGUGAUAUCGAGGUUCUCAAAUCUCUCAUUUCCCAACUCCAAGUCAAGGUUGAGGCAAUUGAGGCUGCUCCCCGGGCAGCUGAUCUUCCGGAAGAUAUUGUGAAGAAAGAGCAUCUAGACGAAGUCCUCCUGGGUCUGCACGAACUCCAAAGUUCUGUUUCCGCAAUCGUAGCUCGUGAGAAUCCUGCCGAUGAGACGACUGCCAAGAAGGAGGAUACGGAUGCCAUUGAGACCCUUCUUCGGAACACAAAGUCUCAACUUGAUGAGAUGGCCUUCCCCGCAGCCCAUGAAAUAGCCAGAGCCGAGCAUCUGAGCAGCUUAGAGGAGCUUGUCAAAGAAACCAAGGACGUUGUCACUGAGCUGUAUGGUCGUCUGGAGGCUGAAUGUCCGACAAAGGCUGAGAUUGGCACUCUUGAGACGCUCAUGAAGGAUAUGUGGUUCGCACUUGAUGAAUCUAAAGGCAAAGACAAGGAAGGAGAAGAGGAGGCUGGUGAGGAGACCGAGAGCGAUACCGAAAAAUUGCUCAAGUCGGACCUGCAAACCGUCGAAGCCAUGAUUUUCGAAGUCAAAACGCAAGUCGAAGAGCUCAAACUUCCCGACGCGGACGCACUGCCAACCAAGUCUGAGAUUGCAGACCUAGCUGCUCUUGUGACUGAGUUUAGAGAGAAGGUGGAAGCAGAAAAUGAGCUGACCGGCCAAGGCUUUGAGGCACGAAAAAUCGAGCACGCUGGCAUUGCAGAGAAGGUCGAUGAAGUCAGGUCGGUUGUCGAAGGCCUUGGCGAGGAGCUCAAGAGCAAACUUGAUGGCAGUCACGAGGGACUCACCGAGCUGAGACAGCUUCUAGAAGGUCUAGCGACAUCCGCAGAAAGCUUUACCACUGCGGAAAACGUGAACGAGCUUACUGAACUCAUCAACCGCGAGUUCGAGCGUGCACGUGGCGAGCAGGAUGAAACGAAGCUCGAGAAGGAGGAACGUGACGCUGCGAUCAUUGUCAAACAUGAUGAGACCAGAGCAGCAAUCACCGUUGAGCUCGGAGAGAAGAUUGAUGAAAAGCUGGGUGAAGUCAUGGCCAAAUAUGAUGCGGCUCAGUCCCUCCUUGACGUCAAUUUUUCUAAAGCCGAAGAACGGCAUAACGAAAACCUGGAAGUAGUCACGACUACGAAAGCCCUUGCGGAAGACAUCAAGCUCGUCAUUGGCUCCAUGGGCAACAGUGUUAAUGAAGCCUGCGAACGGAUGAGCGACGAUGCGAAAACAUUCUUCGAGAAAGUCGACGUGUCAUAUACCAAGAUGGAGGAGAUGCAUAGCGAAGUCAAGAUCCAGCAAGAGCAGGCCCGCUCUGACGCCGAACGUGCCGCGGCUGCUACGGAGCGUGUAGAAACCAAGCUGCAUGAAUUCCAUCCUCAGGUUUUGGAGUCUAUUCAAGAGAUUCUUUCCAUUGUGGGCCAGCAUUACAAUCACUCUCAGAAAGCUACGGAGGAUCUGAAGAUGGAUCUAUCUAUACUCCCUACAACUAUCCCACAAAUGCUACCUGCGCUGCCCGCUCCAGAGCCCGAGAAGUAUGAUGACAGCCAAUUGCACGAGAAACUCAACAAUCUUCUGGAUCAUACGAAGAGUACCCAAGUCCAAGAUGCUCUGAAUGUGCUGACUGAACGGGUCACAAACAACCAAGUGCAUGAAAAGCUCGACCAACUCCUCAGCCAGACUACGAGCACAAAUGCCGAGGUCUAUGAGAAGCUAAACGAACUGCUUGGCCAUACCGCGGACACCAAGGGGCCUAUUCACGAUAAGCUGGACACUCUCAUUGACCAUGCCACGAACACCGACCAAUCAGUCACCCAGAUGAUGAAGUUGGAUGAGAUGCAUAAGGACAUUAUGGAAACGUCUCGCAAAAUGAAUGAGAUGCUUGCGGCUCAGUCCGCCAUCGUGGCUGAGGACACCGCCCGACGACAACGAGAGGCCGAAGAGGCUGCUAUUGCUCUCGAGAGACGUACUGCACAAAGGGAGCAGGUGGAAGCUGAGAUCCUGACUCUCGGGGAAGAAAAGGAUUCACUGCUGGCCAUGAUUCAGAAAUUGAAAACGGAGAAGGACGACCUUGCCGCGCAGAACGCGAAGCUGAACAAAGAAGUCUCCGGUCUCGAGAUGGCGCUCGAGCUGCGUCAUGAGGAGAUGCAACUUAUGGAAGAGCGUGCGGACAGUUUGGAGAAACGAAUCUUAGAGGGCGUUCUCGACCAUGCUCGAACCGUAUUACUUAGUCGUCCCAACAGUAUGCAAGGUCUGAACAUGAAAAAGGUGCGACAUGCAAGGGGUCGUGGUACAAGUGCUUCCAGCACGGCCAGCACCGCCAAAGACACUCGCAGUAUCCUCGGCAGCAGUGUAGGCUUGGCUUUGAAGAAGCGCGCUCCACCUACAUCACAGACAAACUCCACGGUAACAGCCAACACGAAGGAACGGAGAAUACUCAGUCUCAGUCAUGUCACGGGUAACAGGGGUGUCUCCGACCGACAGCCUGGAGCAACAGGUGGCUUUACCAAUCUCAAGCGAAGCCAAUCAGUCAAAUCUAAUUUCUCGUACCGCAAAGCUUCCUGGGGUGGUAGAAGCUCGGUUGCCAACAAAGAGAACGAGGCGUUCCCGGAGGAGGACGGGAACCCGAGUGGAGAUGAGAGUGAGACUGGUACGGAGCGGCGAACAAGCUAUGCUGGGACCUAUGCGGAUAGCAUGACGUACGGCCCAGGAAGCGUCGUAUCUGUGGACCGGCAAGUGAGUACCGCCAGUACUACCACUGGACGUGUCGUUACCAACCCGCAGUCCGUUGUUGAUGAUGGUGGAGCAGAUAAGGAGGAAUUGAAGGAGGGGGGAAAUGGUGGGGAUGGCGAAUCAGAUGUCGAGGACGCGACCCAAGCGACGAACGAGAAUGACUUCGACGACAGUAUGUUAGGGGAAGAAUCAGCGAAGAUGGUGCUCUACAGACCACACGACAGCGGACUAGGCACAGAGAUCACGAGCAAAGGAGAUUAAACUACUCGGCUCUGUUAAUGGCUUUUUUUUACGAUAUACCACCAACGUUCAGUCUGACCCAAUGACCACCACCAUGUUCAUAUUGUUACUUUUGGUCAGGACUCGUCCGGGGGUUUAUGAUGGAAAUAGUUUCCUUUGUACUUUCCUUUGUUACAUACUUAUGAUUAGUUGAUGUCUUCAUUGUGAGCUGUAUGGUCCCGAAUAAAGCAUACAGACAUGUCUUUUCGUCUUUCCA